AUGGAAAACUUGCAGUCAGCCUCAACAAAUGCCCCCACAGACUCACCAACGGCCAUGCUCUUCUCCCUCCCCCCAGAGCUUCUCCUGUCCAUAUUCGAGUUUGUCGGCGUCCUGAACUUUCGCCGGGACGUCCGGCGACUUGCCGUCAGCAAGAAGUGGUAUCCGUAUGCGAUAUCAACCCUCUUCAGCAGUUUAUGUGGGAAUCGAAAGUAUAUGCUGCCCAUCUUCGGUGCAUUGAACAAGAGUGCGACGCUCGCUGCGGCCCAACAACUUACGAAACACAUCGACCUGCCAUUAGAUGUGGAGAAAUUCGAUCCUCAUGGACCUAAACAUUGGAAGACGAGAUAUGAUGUCGAUACUCUUGAGCGGCUGGCGUUGGUCCUCGAGGACUUCACCGCGCUACGCACCCUGAUCGUCCGCGGUGGAGGUGGUUGCUAUGACCAAAUUCCCAGCCACAUUAUCCCAGGUAUCAUCAGUCUCGGCCAGUUGACAUCGCUUAACUUGGACAUCCUCCACGUGGAGUUCAAGGGUACGAAGCAUCAUCUCUGCCAGUCUAUCAGCCAGCAGAUCCCCAAUCUCAAGAGUCUGCGAUGCCGUCUGCCGCAUAUCUGCGAAAAGCUGCUGGACUCACCACCUGGAAACAUCAAAGAGCUCAUCAUCAGCAUCUGUUCUGAUGGAGGGACGAACUUGGCCGGAUGCUGUCCAGGUCAAGUCCCUGUCCCCCGUGAUGAGCUAAAGGCCCGAUUGAAAACACAAUUACUAAGAUUCGCGGCCUCCAUGUGCGACCCGAAGAUCGUCCGCCUGAUUUACCAAGCCAGAUGGAAACACCGGCCCCAGUGGGAAGCCUUUGACGCUGUAGAGAACCGGCGUGUGCUCAUUGAUCUCAGAGCGGAUUGGGAUGACGGCGGCGUGCCGAUAACAGAGGAGAUGGAAUUGCGAUGGGACAGUGCGGACGAGAUAAGUUCUGAUGACGAGUAUGAUCUGUAUGCUCUCUGGUACUUAGGGUACUUGCGGUCAAACGACUACUACGAAUUAAGCUACGACUACUGA